UGCACAGAGUGGGUAGAGUUUUUCACGUUUUGGUAUUUAUGGAGAAUUGUUUCGAGUAUUUUUUUUGUAAUUAUUUAUGUGUCGCGAAGAUGAACUUUUGUAUAUGGUGAAAAUGUAGGCGAGAAAUUUAUCUAUUUUGUUUUUAUUAGUUUAUAGGCAACGAUUACUUGUAAGAUUCUGCUGUGGAUUUAUAUGUGAAUUUAAUUCGAUUUUUUUGUUUGCAUUUGGCUGAAUUCGUGGUGUAUUAGAUUCUAAGGCGACACGACCAGAUAUUUUACGUAUUUUAUAGAAUGAAAACAGUUUUGUUUUUGAGGAGAAUGAGUGAUGUGCUUCAUAAAAUUUUAUUAACCCAUAAGGAAUCGAAACGGUUUGAAUAAAAUCGAAACGGAUUAACACAAAAUGCCUUGGAAUUGUCUUUGUUCGAGCAAGGAUAAACGACGACCUGAAAUCAGUGCACCAAUUUUGAAUAACGAAGACAUACAAAAGCUUCAACUUAUUCCACUUAAAAAACCACUCAUCACGUCUGAGCAUUUACAACAAAAACUUGUUCAACCAGAAAAUAAUAAUUCCACAACGGUUGUCAUUGUUGACGUAGUGCCAGAUUGUCAUGACUUGGAUGCGGUGGUACGCAUUGACGAUAAAUGUGUGCAGAAAAAACAAUUGAAUAAGAAACAAAAAGAAAAGCAGAACAACAAAGCGAAGCCAUCGAAUUUGAAGAAGCAAUUGCCAUCAUCGACGACAACGAAUCCGAAUAAUGUAGAAAAUGAUAAAAUAUCGAAACAAUUGACGAAUGUUAAAUUUACCUUUGAGGUGAACGACACCCACAAUGAGAAACGAAAGGAAAGUGAUGGUGGGUUGGAGGAGGAUAAAAUUAGACCGUCGUCGGUACAAAGCGAAACGAAAAAAAGAGAAGAGAAAAUUGAGGAAAAACAAGACCAACCGUUAAAUGAUAAGAGUGGCAAUUAUGAUGAACUUCCUCUUAUACGAAUUGAAGAAUUCGCCGAUAACACGGACGAUAGCCAACAACUUCCGAAGAAAUCUGAACAUUUCAGUAAAAGUUCAGAAAGUAUACCGUUCAUUGAUGAGAGCCCACGGCAUCAACCACAAUCCAAUUUAUUUGAAACGCGCUACAUCACGAUCGAACCGCAAAAUAUCGGAUCGCAAAGUAGCAAAAACCCAUCAAAUAACAAUAACAUCGGUAAAAUCGAAUCCAUUCACACGUCAGCCGUACAGAAGCGUGAACAAUUCGACAAAUCUGCACAAAUUUUAUACCAAUCACAAAUGCAAUUGCCUGUGGCGCAUCAUUUCGAAAUGGUUCAGCGAUUAGACGUUAAAUUGUGCCAAGUUUGUCAUGAAUUUCUUUUGGAACCCAAGAGCGUGCGAUGUUUGACUUGCGGAUUCGUGUGUCACGAGAGCUGUGUUGCCACUAAGAAAAAUUACGAUGCAAAAACGCAACAGUCCAUUCCAAAAUCACAAUCGUUUCCUUUACCUUCACAAUAUCAAAAAUCAUCGGAUAACUUAGGACUUAAUUAUGUAACAGAACGAAUAUUGGGAUCGGUGCUACCGAGACGAGACGUAUCCGAUAUGCAUCAACAUCGACCGCACAGUGAAGGACCGGUAGACGUACAGCUGCAGGAUAAAUACGAAAAAGAGUUGAUUCUGAUGCUGGAACAGAAACAUGGCAAAAAUUACAAGAUGUUUGAUUUGGAAUCAUGCAUAUCAACGAUAACAUUGGAAAAAUUGUGCGAAUUAUGUAAACAUAUUGAUUCCUGGCUGGGUAGUGGACGUGAGAAAGUUGUUGUGCUGCAAGAUCGAGGUGACAAACAACGGUUAGGUGCCGCGAUCGCCGCAUAUUUGAAAUAUCUCGACAUAUGUGCAUCCAACUAUCCGAAACGGAAUGGCAUAUCAAAUGAGGACAUACGGGCUCAAAAUACAAUCGCUCGAAAUUGGCUAGAUUUGGAUAUGUUUUCAAUGCGAAAAUUUCUGGAAGAUGUUAUCGGUCCGUUGCGCGUUCCAUCUCACUGCCGUUAUUUGAAUUACUUUUCCGGACUAUUGUCCGGUAAGAUUAAGAUGAAUUCGUCGCCGUUAUAUUUGAAGUACGUAUCCAUUGAAUCGCCACCAUCAUGGAUGAACUAUGAUUCCAUUUCGACGCAAAGUUCGGAAUGGCGCAGUUUUAUUAAAGUUUACGAAGGAUUAAAUUGUGUCUAUACAUCAGAUAUUCAUGUAAUUCCAAUAUCAACCCGACAAUUCGUUUACGAAGUGGGACAAUUACGAUUACGUGGUGAUGUUAUCAUACGGUGCUAUCAACUAUUAGAGCAUGCUUAUCUGGAAAAACGCGAACUUAUGUUUUCCACGCAAUUUCACACUUGUGCCGUUACCGAUAAAACUUUAUCGUUUAGCCGUAGCGAAUUAGACUAUGCUUGUGAUGAUCCACGCUUUCCAUCGGAUCACCGAGUAACGUUAAGUUUUAGCGACAGUUCACCCGGCGAUAAUCGAGGAUAUAAUCUGAAAAGUCCAUUGGUCACAAUCGAACCCAUGAAUGCUAUAGCCAAAUACGACAGUUUGGAAAAUUUUAAUGACGCAUCUUCGCCACAUACACACGGACCAUUAGACGGUUCCUUAUAUGCAACGAUACUAAAGAGUCCAAAAACGCCUGAACGAUCUUCGUCUACGAUACCACAAUUCCCAACUGGCAACAACAACAACAAUAACAUUCAAUCGACAAAACAGGGAGCCACUCAAAAUCUGAUAUCUCCUCCGCCAGAGUUUAGCAACCAUAAAAAAAUUGAAAUUACGGAAAGACACUCACCGUAUUCGACAGUAAAUACUAAUUCAGUGCACAAUAUCGGUACACAAAUACGUAGCAGUAGCAGUCAAAGUAAUCGAUACACACCGACGCCAACAAUCAAUUACGAAGAAAUUCGUGUGCCAUCGAGAAGUUCAUCACGAGAAAUUGUGCUUCGCAAUUCGUAUAGUCAUCAAUCCACACCACGACCGAGUAGUUCACAAUCUCAAUAUCUAGAUCAACGGUCAUCCGUUUCCCGUGCUUCCAAUUAUACACCGAAUCCGAGUAGCUAUCCACCCACUUCGCACCAGGUCAAAGCAAUUGAAUCUUAUCAUUACACAACUGUUGACAACAAUAAUAGUGGAAAUAAUGCCGGAAAUUACCAAGAUGGUCGUGAAUCUGUCCGAAGUCCGUUGACUUUGUCUAUGGACUCGGGUAUAUCAAGCAGUGGAAUUGUAAAUCGACGUGUUCAAGGUUCCAGUGUUUCUCCAUCUAGUUUUCCCAGUCAAACUAGUCCUCAAGAAGAUCGUCAACGCGAAUUGGAUGACAUCCUAAGUGAUAUGCUAUUGACAGUUCAAGAUAUCCCAGAUAUUGUCAAAUGUAAACAGCAUAACACAUUAACCAAAAAACCUCAACAAAACAACAACCAAAUCAUAUUAACCCAACAUCAGCAACGAUCAUCAUCAACAACGAGCACAAAUACAAAUCAAGCGAAAGAUCGCGAACGUGAUUUUUACGAUACAUCUAGUACAACAACAACAAUUACACCACCACCAAGUGAGAGUGGACGCGAUACACCAAUAAUCGUCCAUACAAACAGCAGCAAUAGCAGCACGUUACAACAUCAACGAGACAAGAGAGAAUCAACACAUAUGCAACAGCAACAUCGCGGCACCGGCGAACAAAUAAUGGAUUUGCAAAAUCAGUCGUUUUCUUAUCCGCAACAAGUGCGCACCGAUAUAGUGUACGUAACAUCGGAAGACGAAGAAAUACCAUAUCACGCCCGUGAAGAUUCGCGACCAUUUACUUACGGAAAUCCAACUGGCGUUCAAUUGAGUCCAAACGGUACCGGUAUGUUGAAAAUGCAAUCGGGUUUGUCGAGUCCGUCGUUGGUGCGGAAAACGUUAGGCAGUAGUACGACACCACGGGGUGAUACACAUAAAAAGACUGGUGUUCGUAAUGAUUUUGAGGAAAUGCUAUUGCAACGACGCGAAAAAGUUUUAAAUGAAAAGUAUUCGAUCGGUGAUAAGACACCGAACGGUAGUGCUGGACAAUAUGGUGAAACAAAGUGGUCGAAUAUCAGUGCGCCUAACAAUAAUGGAUAUCAUUAUCACGAACCACUGAAACGAUCGAAUACCAUGGAUGGAGGUUUCGGCAGAAGUUACAGCACAGAUGACAGAACAUCUGGUCAGACAUGGUUACAAUUGCAACAACAGAAACUUCGAGCUAAAAAAGAACAACAAAAUAAUGGCGCUGAAUAUUUCGCACGAAAAAUUCAUACAGAAAAUCGAAAUCGACCAUUAAGAUCCAGAUCAAGUGCAGCUCAUAGAUACGAUGGUUACGCAAGUGAUACGGCUGCAUUUGAUGUUGAUGCUUUUAUCGACGAAGUUGAUUACAGACGACCUUUACAUGUUCAGACGCCGCACAAUCGAUCAUCGGACCGGAAUUAUCAUACAAUAACGACCACAACAACGACCAAGGAACGACCAUUUGUAUCAGUGAAACGAGCUCAUGAACAGGCCAAAUUGAAUACAAUAGGCUCAUCAUCUGUCAGUCCACUAUCUGUUUUGAAUGCAUCACCACUCGGUCAUAUAUCACAAGCACAAUCACCAAAUGGUCUUUUAUCGUUUGCCGAUAGUAACACUUCUCCACGUAACGGACAUGUUCGAUUGGAGUCCGAAAUUCUAACAAAUGGCAACGACAAACCACCAUCCGCUUCAGUGAUAAAUACAUCGACAACAGUAACUGACAAUGAAAAUGCAUGCGGUCAGUUAGCAUUAGAUCGAUUACUCAAAUCAUUGGCAAUCGAAAAUAAUAAAAUCGAAGAACAAUUGGAUCAUUUGAACAACGGUAAUGGUCGAGAUAGUUAUCGCAACGGCAAUUCCAAUAGUCCCACUGAAAUAUUUAAAUUUCCACCGCCGAUAAGGGAUAAAAAUCAUAAUAAAAUCGAAAAGAACGAUAGUUUAAAUGAUGUUAUUGCGAAUUUAACCGACUUUACGCGACAUGAAACGAUGAGACAAAGUCUGACAAAUGGAAACCGUAGUCCUAGUAUAGUUAACAAUAAUCGACAGUAUUUAGAACCGACAAAUAAUGUCAUUAAGCGCUUAGCAUCUGAGUCGGAAAAUAGUUCAUCAAUUUCACCCAGUCUAUCUGAAAGAAGUAAUGGUGUUUCAUGGAGUGAUCAGGUACGCGAGGAGUCAUUUUCAUCGUAUCGAUCUGAAACAGAACCAGAUACAUCGAUUGCAGGCUCACCCCGACCGGAAACUCCUGCUUUUCCUGUAACGCCCCGUACGCCGUACGGAUUUAAUUUAAAUGGAAAUUCUAGUCCAGCUCUUCCACCUAAGAGUCCAACAUCAAUGCGACGACUUAAUAACUCAACCUGGUCUUUACGAUCUGGAAAAUCAUCGACAUCGACUUAUGACUUGAGCAAGGACCUGUAUUCGUCAAACCAAAAUAGCCAGCUACACCAACUUGCUAAUCAAAACGAUCCCAUGUCAUGUUAUACAUCAAGACGAAAUUCGACAACUUCGAACGCAAACAGUGAACCACAAGAAGUGGCACCACAUUUGGUCAAGUUCGUUCGUGAUUCAUCGAAGUACUGGUACAAGCCGAACAUAAGUCGCGAGGAAGCAGUGGCUUUACUACGAAAUGCAGCACCCGGAACAUUCAUCGUUCGUGAUUCAACAACAUUCGCCAAAGCUUACGGUUUAGUCGUUAAAGUGGCCUAUCCACCACCAGGCAUUCAAUCAAAAGGACCGCCAGGCGACGAAUUGGUUCGACACUUUUUGGUCGAGCCAACAACACGUGGUGUUCGAUUGAAGGGGUGCUCGAACGAACCGGUUUUCACAUCGCUAUCCGCUUUAGUUUAUCAACAUUCAAUCACACCGUUGGCAUUGCCAUGCCGUUUGAUUAUUCCCGAUAGAGAUAUGCAAUCGGUUGAAUUCCAUUCGCCCGCUCAGCAACAAUUGAUCACCCAAGGAGCGGCCUGCAAUGUUUUGUACUUGUUUACAUGCGAAACAGAGUCGUUGACCGGACCGGAAGCUGUCCGAAAAGCGAUAACAUUUUUGUACUCGCGGAAACCAUUGCCCAAACCGACCGAAGUGCACUUUAAGGUAUCACAUCAGGGUAUCACACUUACCGAUCAGACGAGGCAGCUAUUUUUCAGAAAACAUUAUCCUGCAGCUAAUAUUUCACAUUGUGGCCUUGACCCAGAAGAUCGAAGGUGGAGCGUACGGGCUACGGGUGAUGUUCCAGUUAGCAACAAAAGCAUAUUUGCAUUCGUUGCUCGACGAUCAACAUCAUCCACAGACAAUCAAUGUCACGUAUUUUGUGAAUUGGAACCAUCGCAGCCAGCAACAGCCAUCACAUCAUUUACCAACAAAAUCAUACCAACUGCCAGUCAAAUGAAUGUGUCGAAGAACAUUUAAUUUAGCUGAAUCGAUACUUGUUUUUGAGAAAGCAUUAUGAUGAUCGCGUGGCAGUCUGUUGACAUACUAUCCGAAACUGCAAGAAGUUAAAUCAAAAUUAUUUAAAAAAAAAUAAAAUAAAAUAAAAAUGAAAACUCGUGUGUGUAAAUGUGUUGUAAUCCGUUCAACGUAAUAAUUUCUUUUUUAGUUUCAUUUUAGUUUGCACCACUAUGUGAGUUAACAGUUUUGUUUUUGUGUAUUUCUUUCGUGAGUGAUGAAACAAUUUAAUGAAGAAAAAAAAUUAAGCAAAAAAAAUAUUAAUCAAAUUUAAAAAAAAAAAAGAAAUUGUAGAAUACUAAUGAGCAAAUUGAGCAAUAUACAAUUUUACCAUAAAACAUUUUUAUCAAGACGAAGAAAAAAGCAAGCAAAUAAUUAAAAUAUUGAAGAGAAAACCACAUAAAUAAUUGAAUGACAAACUGUAAACUGAAUAAUUUAUUUUUUAAUUACUUUUUUUAACCAACCAAAUAAGUGUCAUAAAAACACCAAUUCUUAGAUCUGAUCUUUUGUUGACAUUAAUAACAAUUAUAACAAAACUAUCGUUUCUAUAAACUUCAAACUCUUAACCGCCAACAAUAAAAUGGAGUGCUAACGAAGAGCUAUUUCGGAUCAGUUAUAAACGUAACUGACCUUGACGAAAACGU